AUGCCUGUUAAAAAAACAAAAAAAAGUCAGAGUGUGCAGAAGGAAACCAAAGAUGUGGAUGACGAGGACUCUGAGGGUCAGCAACAGAAGCCCAAGAAGAAAAGUUUGAAGGUGAGUGAGUAUGCCGGAGGACGGAGGAAGAAGAAGGACAGGGAUGAAGAAGGCUACAGCUCUAACACAAAUAGUAGCAAUGUGAGCAGCAGCAACAAGAAAAGACGAGUUAAAGAAAAGGAUAAGAGGAAAAAAAACAAAGAAGUAAGCAGGGAUGACCUCAGCGACGUCUCCCAGAACACAGACAAUGACGACAACAACAGCGACUCAAGCAGUAAGAAAAGAGAGAGGAAUCUUCCGGAUGUGAUCGCCACCACUAAAAAAGCAACAAGUCGGCCUUUGGAAAAAGACAAGAUGGGCCCCAAGGGUAAAAAAUCCCAAGAUGAAGACAAAAAAUCCAAGAAGGACUCAGAGAAAAAAGAGGUCGAGGUAGCAGGGGAUGAGGAGGACGGGAAAAAGAAGAAGAAAGACAAGAAGAAGAGAGCGUCAGAGAAGGGCAACAGCGAUGAAGACAGCAAGAAGACGAAGGGCAAAAAGAAGAAGGUGGAGAAUUAUGUGGAAAUCUACGAGAGUGAGCUUCGAAAUUACCAGGAGGAGUUGGUGGAGAACUAUGAAGAUGAGUACCACAAAAUGAAAGUGUAUGAGGUAGUGACCAUCACUGGGGAUGAGAGAGGAGCGGGCACCGAUGCAAAUGUGUUUGUCACACUCUUUGGAGAAUUUGGUAUCACUCCCAAAGUCCAUUUGGCAAGCAAGAGCCGCACUGCAUUUGAGAGGGCCAAAACUGAUGUGUUCAGAAUAAGAACCCACAAUGUGGGACCUUUAAAGAAGAUUCGGAUUGAGCAUGACAACACAGGCCUGAACCCCAGCUGGUUCUUGGACCGGGUGGUAGUGACUGACGUAAUCAGGCCUCACCUGAGGUAUUACUUUGCUUGUAACAACUGGCUCAGUAAAGUGGAAGCGGACAACCUUUUUGUCAGAGACCUGCUGGGCACCUUGGAUGCCAUGGACAUGCCCAAAUACAAUAAGUAUAUGGUCAGUGUCUUCACUGCUGAUAUAAAAGGUAGCGGAACAGAUGCGGACGUCUUUAUCAAUAUAUUUGGAGAGUUUGGUGAUACAGGUGAGAGGCUACUGAACACAGACAAAAAUAACUUUGAAAAAGGCACAGAGGACAAAUUCACCAUUGAAGCCCCAAACCUCGGCAAAGUCAGGAAGAUCACUAUCGGCCAUAACAACAAAGGCUCCUCCGCAGGAUGGUUUGUUGACAAGGUGACUGUGGACGAUCUGGGAAACAAAGUAGUGUAUGAAUUUCCAAUCAAUCGGUGGUUUGCCAUUGAUGAGGACGAUGGCAAGAUACAGAGAGACAUUUUGGUGGGAGGGAGCCAACCGACAGGUAUCGUGUACAACUUCCAGAUUGUAACCGGAAACAUCCGAGGAGCCGGGACCAACUCCAAAAUCCGCAUUGUGAUGCACGGCACCAAAGGCUCAAAGAACAGUGGCAAGGUGUUUCUUGAAGGAGGAAAAUUUGAGCGUGGCCUGACGGACAUCUUCAAUAUCGAGAUUGCCGCACUUCUCAGCCCCCUCAGCAGGGUGACCAUCGGGCAUGACAACAGCGGGGUCAGUGCUGGGUGGUACUGUGAGAAGGUGGUGGUGUAUUGUCCAUUUACCGGGAUCGAACAGACCUUCCCGUGCUCUAAAUGGCUGGACGAGAAGGAAGGAGACGGGCUGAUAGAGCGAGAACUCUACGAGAUGGUUUCUCUCCGGCAGAGAAGGCAAAAAAAGCAUCCCUGGUCCUUGUGGAUCUGGACAUCGGACCUUCCCAAUGCUGGAAGCGACGCAGAAAUCUAUUUCCAGGUGUACGGAGAGAAGGGCAAGUCCGACGAGAUCAAACUAGACAACAAAACAGACAAUUUUGAGCGAGGACAAGUGGACAGGUUUAUAGUUGAACUUCCAGAUUUAGGAAUUUUGACCAAACUCCGAAUCUGGCAUGAGAAAAGAAAUCCUUUUGCAGGGUGGCAUCUGAGUAAGGCAACUCUGAUAAAAACAUUAACCAAGGAGAAAUACAAAUUUCCUUGCGAGCGUUGGCUGGACACAAACGAAGAUGAUAACGAGGUGGUGAGAGAGCUUCCUGCAACAGGGGAAUUCAUUGCCGAACCCCUGCCUUUGAUUAAGUACAGAGUGACCGUUUGCACCGGGAUGCUCGGCGGCAGCGGCACGGACGCAUCUGUUUUUCUCAAUCUCAUGGGUGACCACGGAGACACUGGAGACCGGCAGCUUGUCCACUGCAAAAACAACAUCAACAAGUUUGAGAAGGGAAACCUGGACGAGUUCAUCGUUGAAGCCGUCACCAUCGGGCAGAUCGGCAGGGUGAGGAUCGGCCAUGAUGGCAAAGGUGGUGGCUGCGGCUGGUUUCUUGAUAAGAUCAUAGUAAGAGAGGAUGGACAGGCUGAGGCACAGGCCAUCGAGUUCCCAUGCAGCAGAUGGCUGGAUCGCAAUGAGGACGACGGGCAGAUCGUUCGAGAGUUAGUCCCAUUCUCUGAUGGACAGCGUCUCUACAAUGUUGGCUACCACAUCGCAGUGAAGACAGGCAAAAUCCCCGGGGGCAGCUCGGACUCCACGGUCUUCGUCAAGCUUUACGGGGACAAAGGUGACACCAGUAAAAUGAUGCUGGUGGUCUCUGACAAUAACCUGAGAAAUUACUUUGAGACGGGUCGCAUCGACAUCUUCACUGUGGAAACCUCUGAUGUUGGACAGAUCAACCGCCUGAUGAUCGGCCACACCAACGAGGGUUUACGGGCCGGCUGGUUCUUGGACAGCGUCCAGAUUUUGGUCCCUCUGAACGGAAAGCACUACAUGUUUCCCUGUCAUCGUUGGCUGUGCAAAGGGGAAGCUGACGGCAAGACGGAGGUGGAGAUUUACCCCAGCGAAAUCCUGGACACACAGCAACUGAUCAACUAUGAGGUGUCAGUUACAACUGGAGAUGAGAUGUUUGCCGGCACAAAUGCCAAAGUGUUCAUUCAGAUUUACGGGGAAAAAGGCAAGACUGAAGUCAUCACUCUCGACAGCCGGUCCAACAACUUUGAAAGGAACACCACAGAUAUAUUCAAGAUCGAGGCCAAAGACGUGGGGAAGGUUUUCAAGGUCCGCAUCGGCCACGAUGGCUCGGGGUUGGGAUCCGGCUGGUUCCUAGAGACAGUGGACGUCAAGCAUACAAUGAUGGCUAUGGUGCCCAAGGAGAAGAAGAAGGAAGACAAGAAAAAGAAGAAAAAGAGAAAGGAGGAGGAAGUAGGAGAGGCUAUGCAGGUAGUGGUGCUGACAUAUCAUUUCCCCUGCUCGCGUUGGCUGGCUGGAGGAGAGACUGAUGGCGAGCUGCAAGUGGAGCUGCUGCCUGAUGGCGCAGAGGAACUGGAAGUCAACACCUACGAAGUGUGCGUCUUCACGGGUGAUGUGCUGGGAGCUGGGACCGACGCCAACGUCUUCAUUAAUAUUUACGGCGAUAACGGCGACACCGGAGAGCGUUAUCUCCAGAACUCUGACAACAUCAACAAAUUUGAACGAGGAGAGGAGGACGUUUUCAUACUGACAGCUAUUGAUUUGGGUUCUCUGAAAAAGCUUCGGAUCCGUCAUGACAACACACGGUCAUAUUCAGCUUGGUACCUUGAUCGUGUGGAAAUAGUGGACACAAAGGAUGACACGACAUACUACUUCCCUUGUAACCGCUGGCUGGCAGUGGAUGAGGAUGACGGCCAGAUAGCAAGAGAGCUGGUUCCUGUGGAUGAGGCCUUCAUGAAGAAAGAUGAGGAUGAGGAUGGAGGCGGCGGUGCCACUUUGGGGCUGGAACAGAAAUCCAUGUCCACUACGUAUACCAUUAAAGUAAAGACCGGAGAAAAAAAGUAUGCGGGAACUGACGCGAAUGUCUUUGCCGUAUUAUUUGGAGAAAAUGAUGACACAGGAACCAUCAACCUGAAAGCCUGUAAAAGCUAUAAGAACAAGUUCGAACAAGGGAUGAUCAACGAGUUCACUGUGGAGGCUGUGGAUUUGGGCGAGCUGGAAAAGCUUAGAGUUGGUCACGACAACUCAGGGGGCUCACCUGGUUGGUUCUUGGACUGGGUUGAAAUCGACGCCCCCUCACAGGGUCUGAGGCUACGCUUCCCCUGUGGGCGCUGGUUGGACAGAGGCGAGGAUGACGGCGCCAUUGUGAGGGAUCUCUAUCCCGCUGAGUUACAGACUGAGCUGUACACGCCAUUUGUGCCCUACGAGCUGAAGAUCUACACCAGCAAUGUUUUCGGCGCGGGAACAGAUGCGGAUGUGUUUAUCGUUUUGUAUGGCCGCAAAGGCGUGUGCACGCUGCAGAAGCACCUGUGCGUCAACAAGAGGGAGAGGCGACUGUUCUUUGAGAGAGGAGCUGAAGACAUGUUCAUAGUGGAGUUGGAAGAUGUUGGCGACAUUAUAGAGAAGAUCCGAGUGGGGCACGACAACAGGGGCUCCAACCCAGGGUGGCACCUCGACCGAGUGGAGAUCCGACGUCUUCUGAGGAAAGGAAAGGGAUCAGAGACGACUAUUUUUCCGUGUGAGCGUUGGCUGGCUAAAUCAGAAGAUGAUGGUGAGACGGUGAGGGAGUUGGUGCCAUCUGACAUUAUCACAGAGAAACUCCUCAGGGGUGGCACUCUGAAACGGACCGAAACCGAGAUUGAGGAUGCUUUGGAAACCCACGCUUACCAGGUGUCCGUACGCACAGGUGAUAUGUACAAAGCAGGCACGGAUGCCAACGUCUUUCUGACAAUCUAUGGAGACCUCGGUGACACAGGAGAGCGCAAACUGGCAAUAUCUGAGAACAACAAGAACAAGUUUGAGAGAGGAGAGGUGGAUAAAUUCACCAUUGAAGCGGUGGACCUGGGCCAGGUGUUUAAGAUCCGAAUUCGUCACGACAACUCCAUGAUGGGAGCCGACUGGUACCUGGACCAAGUGGAGGUCCUGGAUGUGGACACAGAGGAGGAUUACAUGUUCCUGUGUGAGCGCUGGCUGUCCAAGAAGAAGGAGGACAAACGCUUAGAGAGGACCCUCUUUGUGAAGGGAUACGAAGGUGAAAGAAACGCCGAUCCGAAUUUCAAAAAGAUGGCUCAGGCCAAACUGGGUCUGGAUAGGAAUGCAAACAAAAAGAAAAAAAAGAAGGUGGCAGUGGCGGAAGAAGGUCCAAUCAUCCCCUAUCACUUCACUCUAUCCACUGGAGUUGAGUGCGAUGCCAGCACCACUGCCAGGGUCUACAUCAUCAUCAUCGGCCCCGGAGACCUGGAGACAGACCGGCUAUGGCUAGACCUUCCAGACGGGAAGAAAUCCUUUACAGCUGGCAGCAUGGAGCAUUUUGUGUGCUAUGGAACUGACGUGGGCGAGAUCAAGAGAGUGGAACUGGGCCACAACGGCGCCACACCAGAGAGCUGCUGGUUGGUGGAUGAGCUGGCAGUUGCCGUGCAAACCAAAGGUAUCAAGUACAGCUUCCUGUGCAAAUGCUGGCUGGCUAAAGACAGAGGAGACGGUCUGACGGUCAGGCUGUUCAACGUGUUGGACGCCAGCACCAUCAGCAUCAACCGCAAAGUGAUUUAUUCCACCACAGUCAUCACAGGCGACACACAGUAUGCCGGCACGGACACCAACAUAUUCCUGACUGUGUACGGAGCCAAUGGAAGCACAGAGGAAAUGCUCCUGGCCAAGAAUGAGGACAGAUUUGAGCGAGACCAAGAGGACACAUUUAACCUGGAGGUAGAUGACAUCGCUCCUCUAAAGAAGAUAAGAGUUCGGAUUGAUGGCAGUGGCAGCCGUCCCGAUUGGUUCCUGGACAGAAUCCUGAUGCGAAACCUAAACACAGAGGAGGUGUACAUGUUCACCUAUGAGAACUGGCUCUCCAAGACCAAAGGACCCAGUAGGACUGAAACGUGUGAGCUGGCGGCUGUGGUGGACGAGGAAGAGAUGGUGGAGAAAACAACCUACAUCAUCCAAGUCCAGACCAGUGAUAUCACAGGUGCCGGCACAGACGCCAACGUGUGUCUGAUGGUGUUCGGAGAGUUUGGCGACACGGGCAUGCUGAAGCUGAAAGAGAGCGCCAACAGGAACAAGUUUGAGCGCAAAAUGAAAGAUGUGUUCCGGUUCGCCGACAUGCUGAGUCUGGGCGAGCUCUCCAAAGUGCGAGUGUGGCAUGAUAACAAAGGUCCGGCUCCGGGAUGGCACCUGGACUACAUUGACAUCAAAGAUGAGACCAUGGACCAGAUUUUCAGGUUCCCGUGCGACCGCUGGCUGGCUAAAAACGAAGAAGACGGCCAGAUCAUCAGGGAGCUGGCGUGUGCCAACAACGACUCUGUGGACCUCAGUGAUAAAACCAAAUACGAACUGGCCAUAACCACUGCAAACACAGAGGACGCCUCCACCAAUGAAAACGUCUGGAUCGUAUUAGAAGGCAGGAAAGCCCGCUCCAAGGAGUUUGUUCUGGAGAAUAAGAAGAACAAGUUCUCAUGCGGCGCCAUCGACACCUUUGAGUUCUCCUCCAAGCACGUGGGCGAGAUCGCCGGCAUCUGCGUGGGCCACAUCACCAAAGACGGCAAGAAGGUGAAGAAUGAAUCAACGUGGCAUGUCGUGGAGGUGGUGGUGACAGAGAAAGAGCUGGGAAACAAGUAUUUCUUCCACUGCGAUGCUCGAGUGCCCCUGGCGCCCAAAAAGGACCAGUUCCAAACAUUUGAGUGUUACAAGUCCAUAGAGAGCUUUGCCAGCAAAGUCCGUAACCUGGUCCUGGUCAAGUACGAGAUCAUCCUCACCACAGGCGACGUCAAGGACGCCGGCACGGACGCAAAAGUCUACGUCACCGUCUACGGCGUCAACGGGGACUCGGGUAAGCGCCACCUGCGCAAGAGGUUUCGUAACCUCUUCGAACGAGGUCACACGGACCGCUUCCUGGUGGAGAUGUUGGACCUCGGGGAGCUGCUCAGGGUCAAAGUGCAGCAUGAUGACGGUGGCUCAAACUGUGGUUGGUACUUGGAGUACGUGGAGGUCACCAACACAGCCAACUCGGUUACAACCAUCUUUCAGUGCGGUAAGUGGCUGGACUCUAAUAAGGCUGACGGGCGCACUGAGAGGGUCCUCUAUCCUAAGUACUAAAUGACCUACUACCUGGAUUUUUUAUGUUU